AGAAAGUAGUCACAGGUCUCAAUUAGAAUAGCUAAGCUCAGAUGAUCAUUGCACGCCUGAUUGAUGAUCAUAAAAUGCUGAUGCGGCUGAGUUGACAUUGCCAUUUUCAACCAUUCUGUGAAUAUAAAUACGCGAUUGACCAUCUCAUCUAACAUCAGAACCACAGCCCAUCACAUCCACCACAAUCUACCAACAACCACCCUCAACACCGUAACUAUGACUUUCCUCACCACCCUUAUCCCCCUCCUCACUCUCCUAACCCCUGCCCUCUCCGCCACGAACUGCAGCACCGGCGCCUUCACCGUCAUGUCCAUCCGCUCCGGCACUUUCAUCCAAAACCUCCCCUUAACCGCCGCCGACACCAACUUCUACCUAGGAGGCACGACCUCCACCGCAUGUCCAGAGGACGUAGCUGAAUACGACGCUUGCCCACCAGGAGAUGAAACUGUGAUCGACUACAGCAACUAUCUGAGCUCCGGGUACGUCCAAGAAAUCUACGUCGACCCCACCGGUGCAUUGAAGUUUGUCGAAGCGCACACGACAUACAUGGACCCCGGCGCAUCGACGAGCACGUUCUGCUACACGCCGGGUACGAGCUAUGGACAGUGGACGUAUACAGGCCUCGGGGCGACGGGGUUCAUGGCUUGUCCGUUGGAUGAGGAUGAGGAGGUGAACGGGGGUGCGUGGCAGGUCUUUGCGGCCAUGAAGAAUGCAACGGUGCCGUCGGGGAAUGUGAGCGAUUGCUUGGAAUUUGAGGCUCUUGCGUAUCCGUGGGUGUCGAAUGGGAGCUCGAUUGCGGCGUGGCAGUAUGAUUGAUUUAUCCCGGGUUACUUAGAUGGGGUAAGGUGUAUGUAAAGCAGGGAUGGGAGAGUUGAGCGAGUAAGGUAUGUAUAUGUUAAUUCUCUCAUUAGGGAGCUUAGAUAGUACUAUUGGGGGUGAUGGUUAUUGACAUAAUGGAUGUUUGCAUAAGAGGUUUUUUGCUGUCAAGGGUGUCAAAUCUUCGGGGGAUUGCUGACAUACGAAAGACAGUAACUAGUUAGAACCUACGUAGCACUAGAAAAGUAUAAGAGGAACGAUUCAAACAGCACUAGGACCCUCCAACAAAAC